AUGCUCGUUCGCGGCCAAGCGCAGCUUCAACUGGGCUUCUUCGCCGCCUGCGAGCUCGAUUGUAGCGAUGCCCUGGAAGCGAUUCCAAACAGCGCUACUGCGUGGGCCACGCGGGGCAGGGCGCGGCUGAGACAAAAAUGCUACCGGGAAGCAGCUGACGAUUGUCGGCAGUCUCUUGCACUCGAUGCGCAGUGCCGCUUGGCCAUGUCGACACUGGGUGCGGCGCUGCUGAAUUUGGGUGACAACCAAGGAGCCCUUGAGUAUUGUGAUCAAGCGGUACACGCUAUGUUGGAUCCGAAAGGCGAAGCUGAGGCCAAAGCUCAGAAAAAGUCCAAAAAGAAAGCCGGCAUGUCACGAAACAAGGAUCGUAAGAAAUUCAAGGAGAGGAAAACAGUCAGCAAGAUUGCUGCCUCGAGUGCCUCUCUCGCUACGUCAGCAACCACAGAGCCAGAAGUCACCGGCGAGGAGAUGGAGAUGAUCGAGCCCGGCCCUGAAGAAUCAGAGCAAAGAGCCGAGGUAGAAACAGGACAGGAGCAGGAGCAAGCCCCGGACAGCCCUGUGGCUGAGUCACAGGACGGGGAAGGAGGUCAGGAAGGAAAUUCACUUGAUGCCGAGACUUCUGCCGUCCAAGUGGAAGCCGAGCGGGACAUGGACAGAUCAGAGAUCGAGGAGCUGGCAGACUUGUACACGAUGCUGGCUCAGGCCAAGGUGGCGCUGGGAGACUUGGACGGAACCAUUGAAGACUGCUCUCGUGCCUUGCAGCUGAAUGAGCGAGUCCCGUUCUGCUGGGCAGCACGUGCCGAAGCCAAGCGAUUGCAGGACAAGCUGGAUGAUGCUGUCGCAGAUGCCAACGAGGCGCUCCGCUUGGAUCCUUUGAAUGUGCCGGCCUACAUCACCCGGGCAAAGGCGAAGUUGAAAGCAGCGCAUUGGCAAUUUGUCGUCACAGAUUGCAGCGAAGCACUAGCUUUGGAUUUACACCAAAGCAGUGCCUGGUCCACGCGAGCAGCGGCCAGGCUGGAGCUCGGUGACAUAUCCGGAUCUGUGAGCGACGCGCGAAGUGCGGGCACUCUAGGUGGAGCCCUGCUAGACAACCUCGACAUCGUCGCUUCUGCAGAGGCGUCCAGCAAGGCUAUCGGCCUGGACCCGGGCUGUGCGCGAGCCUGGUUCAACAGAGGCUGCGCGCGGGCCGACCUGCAGGACCUUGAAGGUGCUCGAAAAGACUUCGACGAGGUCGUCAAGCUUUGGCCGGAGAGCUUCAUGGCUUUUGCUCACCGUGCCCAUAUUCGUCUGAAGCAGAACGACCCCGAAGGUGCGUUGCAAGAUUGCGAGCAGGCGCUGAAACUGGACAAGCGGCUCGUGAGAGCAAUGUGCACCCAAGCUCAGAUCAAGCGAAUUAUGGGUGACUUGAAAGGAGCCGUGUCCGAUGCAACAACAGCGCUGAAGUAUGAACCAGACUGCGCGUCUGCUUUCUCCAUCCGUGGCCAGGCCUAUUCCAAGAUGGAGAAGCACGACAAAGCAGUCCAGGACUGCCAAAGAGCCAUUAAGCUGGACCCGCCAACCUUGGAGACUCCGAUGUUGGCGUGGCGGCACGCUUGUGCAUCUGAUCCGGUCCCGUCGCCGAUGACGGUGUGGGAGUUUCAGGCUCUGGCUGCAAAGAUGAAACAAGAAGCGAAGGCCCAAGCAGCGGCAGAGGCUGCAGCGAAAUGGGCACGGAAGGCCAAAGCCGCUGCUGCGAAGAAAGCCGAGGAAGAAGCACUGCCGCUUGUUUCGUUUUAUUCGGGAGGAACCUAUCGAAAAGGCUUUGGCAUUCCAAUGGUCCUGAACCCAGGAGAGCAAACAUGA